AUGCUUGCUGCUGCAGGUUGCCUAGUGGCUAACAUCUGCCCAGCAAUCUAUCUCUGGACUCUACUGCUGGCUGCUCUCACCUUGUUGCUCCUGGCUGACUACCUCAAAAACAGACGACCCAAGAACUAUCCUCCAGGACCCUGGCGCCUGCCAUUUGUGGGAAACUUGCUCCAGUUUGAUUUAGAUGUGUCAAAUUUGCAUUUGGGGAUCCAGCUGUUUGUGAAGAAAUAUGGAAACCUAAUUAGCCUUGACUUUGGUAGCAUCUCUACAGUGAUCAUAACUGGACUGCCCUUAAUCAAAGAAGCUUUCACUGACAUGGAACAAAAGAUUUUGAAACGCCCCAGUAUACCUAGCAGGGAACGCGUGUUUAAAGACAAUGGGAUUCUUUUCUCUAGUGGCCAGUCAUGGAAGGAGCAAAGAAGGUUUGCACUGACAAUACUCAAGAAUUUUGGAUUAGGGAAGAAGAGCUUAGAGCAGCGCAUACAGGAAGAGGCCCUUCAACUAGUGGAGGUCAUAAGAGAUGAGAAAGGACACCCUUUUGACCCUCACAUCAGGAUCAACAAUGCAAUUUCCAAUAUUAUUUGCUCUAUCACCUUUGGAAAGCGCUUUGAGUAUGAUGACAGUCAAUUUCAGGAUCUAAUUAAGUUAACAGAUGAGAUCAUAUGCUCUGAGGCAUCAAUGAUGUCAAUGCUCUACAAUGUCUUCCCCUCCAUAUUGAAAUAUCUUCCUGGACCACAUCAAACAGUUUUCAGAAACUGGGAAAAACUGAAAUUGAUUGUUUCCCGUAUGGUAGAGAGUCACAAGAAAGAUUGGAAUCCUGAUGAGCCAAGAGACUUCAUUGAUGCUUUUCUUACAGAAAUGACAAAGGAAAGGAGCAGGAGAAGGAAAGAUGAAACUAUCUUUUCACAUCUUCUCACAGAUUACAACACCAUGUCUACCUGCAUUUUUAUUGGCAGAACAAAUUCAAAAAAAGUACACUCUGAAAUUGAUAGAGUGAUUGGACAAUGGAGGCUGCCAAGCACAGGUGACAGAGACUCCAUGCACUACACCAAUGCUGUCAUCCAUGAGGUGCAGAGGAUGGCUAACAUCAUCCCCUUGAAUAUCCCCAGAGAAGUAACAGUUGAUAGCACUUUGGCUGGAUUCCACUUGCCUAAGGGCAAAAUGAUUCUCACAAAUUUGACUGCCCUGCACAGGGACCCCAAAGAGUGGGCCACUCCAGACGUCUUCAAUCCAGACCACUUUUUGGAGAAUGGACAGUUUAAGAAGAGAGAAUCCUUUCUGCCUUUCUCAGUGGGAAAAAGAUCUUGCCCUGGAGAACAAUUGGCCAGAUCUGAGCUGUUCAUUUUCUUCACUGCUCUUAUGCAAAAAUUUACCUUUAAGGCUCCAAUUAAUGAAAAGCUCAGCCUGAAGUUCAGAUUGGGCCUCACCCUUUCCCCAGUCAGCCACUGCAUCUGUGCUAUCCCUAGAAAAUGAAGCUGGAGA